AUGUUGCCCCUCAAUUUGUCGAACAGUCCUGCGGGGAUUUCUGUGAAGCUGCAGCCACUUGUGCUCCUGAACAUAUGCGAUGCAUACAUCAGAAGAAGUGAGCACCAACAGAGAGUGAUCGGCACAUUGCUUGGAAAGGUUGUGGAUGGAGUGGUGCAUGUGCAGAAUUGCUACGCCGUGCCUCACAACGAGAGCAACGACCAGGUUUCAGUGGACAUCACACACCACAGGACGCUUUAUGACUUGCAUCAUAAGGUCAAUGCCAAGGAGCAGAUCGUAGGCUGGUAUGCGACAGGCAGCGCAGUGACGGGCCCAGAUGCCUUGAUACAGGACUUCUAUGCGUCUGAGUGCGCCAAUGCGGUGCACCUGACGGUGGACACAGCCAUGGAGUCAGGCGAGCUGACCAUUGCAGCAUACGUGGCCCGAAAAGUAUCCUUGGGAGACAGGGUACUGGCUAGGAAGUUCCAGCAGGUUGAUGUGGAGGUGAAAACUGCAGAGGUGGAGAGCGUGGGAGUGCCUUUGAUGAAGAAGGACGUGGUGGAGAAGCUGCCCACUGACCUGGACGGCCUGCAGACAACCAUCAAGCGGCUACAUGAGUGCUUGGAGCAGGCGCAUGCAUAUGUGGAUGAUGUGGUGACGGGGAAGAAGCCAGCAGACAUCACACUGGGCAGGUUCCUGGCGGACACAGUGACAGGCAUCCCGCGCUUCGGAGCAGAGGAGUUCGAGACCAUGCUCACAGACACCGCGCAGGACUCCCUGCUGAUCAUGUACCUGUCCAAUCUCGUGCGCGCACACCUGGCGCUCACUGACAGGCUCGGCACGGCUGCGCUGCCAUUGUUGUAG